AUGACUGAAUCUCUUUCUCCUGAAUACAAUAUGAAUGAAGGUGAUAUCUCAGAUAUUAUAGAGUCUUUAAUGACUCAAUACAGUGAGACUUUCUUGAAAAAACCUAGUAAUAGAGUUUCUUUGUUAUCAUAUGCACAAAAAGUUCCUAUCUUGAAUAGAAUAUUACCCAAAGUAGACGAAAAACAGAAAAAGAUUGAUGAACUCAUAUAUCAACAGUCAGUAGCAACAUCAUAUUCCAAGUGGUAUGAGAUAUCCCUCCGAUUAGAUGAAAUUAUGGAUAAUAAUCUUUGGAAACUAACUACUGAUAGUGAUUUAUAUGACUACGAAUUGAUUUUCAAUAACUUAAACGAGAUGAAACAAGCAAGAUUGAACAAGGAUUAUAAAUUGUUGUUGUACUUAAUACGUACUAAAUGGGUCAGGAAUAUUGGUAAUAUGGGAGAUAUCAAUCUUUAUAAGCAUUCUUUGGUUGGGACAAAAAGAUUGAUUGAAGAAUACAUAGGAGAGUGUAAAUUGUCAUUACAAUAUCUUAUAAAUGAUUCUAGUGUGAACUUAGACGAUAGAUACUUAUUAGGAAUGUUGAUUCAAACUAGGAAGAAUAUUGGUAGAACGGCUUUGGUUUUGAGUGGAGGUUCAACAUUUGGUAUGUUUCAUAUAGGUGUUUUGGUAUCUUUAUUAGAAGUUAAUUUGUUACCGAGAAUUAUUAGUGGGUCACUGGCUGGUUCCAUAGUGGCGUCAAUCUUAUGUUGUCAUAAUAAUGAAGAGAACAAACUAUUAAUCGAGACCUUAAGUGAAAAGGAAUUCAGGAUUUUUGAAUCUAAUGAUGAUCAUGAACAUGAUGAAACUGAUGAAACAGGUGAAAAAGGAGAUGAGAAAAGAAAGAAUCAGUUCAGAAGAUUAUUAAAAGGAGUAGGCCAUUUCUUGAAAUAUGGAACAGUUUUUGAAAUGGAAGGUUUGAAAAGGACAAUUAAAGGAUUUGUAGGAGACUUGACAUUCAGAGAAGCAUAUAAUAGAACAGGGAAGAUAUUGAAUAUCACGGUUUCUCCCGCUGCUAUGCACGAACAGACCAGAUUAUUGAAUUAUUUAACUGCUCCUAAUUGUUUGAUUUGGUCAGCAGUUUGUGCAUCCUGUUCAUUACCAGGAUUUUUUCCUAGUACUUCCAUCUAUGAAAAGAAUCCUAGAACCAAUAAGAUUCAAAAAUGGAAUAACGAUUCUUCCAUCAAAUUCGUGGAUGGUUCGGUUGAUAAUGAUUUACCCAUCACAAGAUUACUGGAAAUGUUCAAUGUUGAUCAUAUAAUUGCUGUUCAAGUUAAUCCCCAUGUUGUUCCUAUCUUAAGAAUAGCUACUAGUAAUCCUGGGGUUAAAGCAGAAAAUGAGUUAACUGGUCGAUUCAAAAGUGUUUUGAAUAAUAUCUAUGAUUUAUUUUCAAGUGAAUUGGUACAUUUUUUACAGAUUCUUAGUGAAAUGGAUAUUUAUAAGAAUCUUUCCAUCAAAUGUAUUUCCCUUUUAUCACAAAGUUAUAGUGGAGAUAUUACCAUUUUACCAAAUUUCAAAGUCAACGACUUUCAAAAGAUUUUCGAUAACCCCACUCCAGAGUUCAUAGCUGAUUUUAUAAUCAGAGGUGCAAGAGCCACAUGGCCAAAGGUGACAAUAAUCAAUAAUCAUUGCGGUGUAGAGUUCGAACUUGAUAAAGCAAUUUCUUUGUUGAGAGGGAGAUCUAUUACAUCAAAUUUCAAAUCAACUUUUGAAAAUUCUUUGGUUACCAAUCCAGUCAAUGUCCCUUUAACCCCGGAUUCCAAAAAUCAUGAGCUAAGAAGAAUCAACUCUUUAAUGAAAAAUGCCCCAAAGUUCAGAAGACAAAACUCUUCAGGUAAUGUCAAACACCGAAGACAGAGAAAUUCCAUCAGUAAUUUUCAAACUUUUUUGAACACCAAGAGUAGUAAUGGGAAUUCGAGUGGCCAUACUAGCCCAAAUAGGGAAAGACAAUCCAAUGUUUCAUUAUCCUCUAUGAGUUAUAACACACCCAGCAAAAAAGAAUUCAUCAAUAAUCGUGCCAACACUGAUUAUCAUGAAAAGAGACACAAUAGUGAAGGAAAUUUGAAAAUCAGGAAAGCGAAAAGUUCGGGUAACUUUCAUAGUUCAAAUGACGAUAGUCCAAUCAAUCAACACCUAAAAUAUCAAACUGAUAGAGUUCCCAAUCAAGACCAGAAUCCAUAUAUUGAAAAUGAAUUUGAUUCAGAAGUAGAUUAUUUAGAGUAUUUCGGCGACAAUGAACCAACUGAGCCUGAUGAAGAGGAGACAGAGAUCGAGGAGGGUGAUAUUGAAGCUGAAGCUGAAAAGGAUAACGAAAAGCCAAUUGUAGAAAGCCCAUCCCGUGAAAAGUCAAGUCCUGAAAGAUUAAAAGAUUCAGAUGCAAAGUAUCAAGAAGAAAAGGCAUAUUUACCCAAAAGGUCCCAGAAUUCCUCCCUCACAAAUUCAUAUAUUGGAUUAAACAGAUUGAAAGAUGCCAACCUAUCUAAAUCCAGCGACUCCUCCAAUUACAAUGAAGAUCAAACAUUACAAUUAAAUUCCCCGGAUAUUAGAAGGGUCCUCACCAAAAAAAUGAAUGAAUUAAGAGACAAGUAG